CCACAAGCCCAGGGCUUCCCUCUGCCGUGACCGUGAGCUUCCUGCCCGCGGGCGCAGUUUGGGCAGCCAGCCACAGUCCGGCCAAAGCUACCAGCUGCACUGUGCAACACAGGAGCUGUGGCCACUGCGGGGCUGGGAGGGGCUCUCUGCCCUCCCUGGACUGCCUCUGGAGGUGUGAGGAUCCUGCAGGGUGCAGGUGAGACCAGAGCUGGGGGAGCUGCCCCAGAUCCUGAGGACCCUGGCUGGGGCAGGUGAGUGUGUGUGGAGGUGGCAGGGCUCCUGGAACCAGGAUCUGCAGCCCUGCUCUGAGUUGCCACACCCACUAUGUCACCCGGAGAAAAACUGGACCCAAUCCCUGACAGCUUCAUCCUGCAGCCACCAGUCUUCCACCCGGUGGUUCCGUAUGUCACCACAAUCUUUGGUGGUCUGCAUGCAGGCAAAAUGGUCAUGCUGCAGGGCGUGGUCCCUCUGAAGGCUCACAGGUUUCAGGUGGACUUCCAGUGUGGCUGCAGCCUGUGCCCCCGGCCAGACAUCGCCAUCCACUUCAACCCUCGCUUCCACACCACGCAGCCCCACGUCAUCUGCAACACCCUGCAUCGUGGCUGCUGGGGCGUGGAGGCACGGUGGCCCCGCCUGUCCCUGCAGAGAGGAGCCGCCUUCCUCCUCCUCUUCCUCUUUGGUAAUGAGGAGGUGAAGGUGAGUGUGAACGGACAGCACUUCCUCCACUACCGCUACCGGCUCCCGCUGUCUCGCGUGGACACGCUGGGCAUAUUCGGUGACAUCUUGGUGAAGGCCGUUGGAUUCCUGAACAUCAACCCAUUUGCGGAGGGCAGCCAAGAGUACCCCGUUGGGCACCCCUUCCUGCUGACGAGCCGCAGGCUGGAGGUGCCCUGCUCACGUGCUCUUCCCCGGGGCCUCUGGCCUGGCCAGGUUAUCAUAGUGCGGGGACUGGUCCUGCAGGAGCCCAAGGACUUCACUCUGAGCCUGAGGGACGAGGCUGCCCGCGUGCCUGUGACGCUUAGGGCGUCCUUUGCGGACAGAAGCCUGGCCUGGAUCUCCCCUUGGGGACGGAAGACGCCCAUCUCAGCCCCCUUCCUCUUUUACCCCCAGCGGUUCUUCGAGGUGCUGCUCCUGUGCCAGGAGGGAGGGCUGAAGCUGGCCCUCAAUGGGCAGGGGCUGGGGGCCACCAGCCUGGGCCAGCAGACCCUGGAGCAGCUGCGGGAGCUCCGGAUCAGCGGCAGCGUCCAGCUCUACUGUGUCCAUUACUGAAGAGGACUCCAGGGAGACCCCAGGCAGAGGAG